AUGGCCCACAUUGGCCAGCCCGCAUCUUCAUAUUCGCGCAUUCCUGCUGGCAACCGGCUGCCAGACAAUAGGGCAAAAGGCCCGAAUCCUGGCAAAGUUCAGCAUCGACAUUCGCGGAAGCGUGAUAUCGAUGCACUUGGUACUCCGUCCCUAUCAAAUACGACCAAGGCACCGCGACGCAAGGGAAAACCAGGCUCGGCUUCUCGGACUCAAGUCUUGAAUGGUGCUGCCAAGGGAGUGGCGCUGGGCGCAGAGAUGGACGCCGAUAAACACGAGGGCGGUACAGCGGUCGGAUCUUGUACCCUGGCCGAGGCAAAGAGGGAUCAUGCGCACAGCGGAUACGCUCAUUCACACCUACCCGCCCGAUCGCAUUCAUACAGUCAUUCUCACGACCACGGACAUUCGCAUUCACAUGCACACUCGCAUGCCCAUGGACCUGCGUAUACCUGCCGGUCAACAGGGUUGUCUGUACAUCGGCCUACGCGCCGACGUCAACGGCGAUCUGGAGGUCCCUCGACGCCCGACCGACAUGAGGUCGCUACUCCAGCUCACCUUUUACAUGCACACACUCACGCUUCUUCCAGGUGCUCUGUCUCCUCCUCCUCUGAUUCGCCUCCACCAGUAUCCUCUUUAUUUCCACCCUCUCAGGAGCUCAUUUCAGCUGGCGAUCACCUUCAUGAACAACAGAUUCCACCCUUUCCGCAUUCGGCGCCACAACAACCACACAAAAAACCACUGGCUCAGCAGCAGCAGCAUCAUCACCACCAUCAUCAUCACCAUUUACAUCACCCACCUUCGUUUUCCGACCAGCAUGGGGACGCUACCACGCGUCGACAUCAUCAGUCGCCACACCAACAACUCUGCGCCUCAGCAACAAGUGAUACUACACUUGUUGCCUCAGCCGCAAAUGCCAGUGGGAAUAGGAGUAGUCGUGCCAGAUCACUUCGUCUUCGUCAGUCAUGCACUGGCCGAUACUCUCGAACCCCGGAAGUUCUAUCACAUGAGGCUCAUCUGCAAACUCACAUGCCAUACCGCCAGCAGCAGAAGCUAGCAGGCGGCUCUUCAGUCUCCGUCGGUGAGGAUAAUCGAGCCACCUUUGGCACUAAUUCCAUGACCGGGACCCGACCUGGGUUUCCAUCGUCUCCGCUUACUCCAUCUUUGAUGGACAAAUUGUUGGGAAUAGGUGAGUCUAUGACUAUGAAGCCUUGGCCAUUUUGCAACACGGCUCAACCACAAGAUGUUUGA